GUCGUGAUUGUACGACAUAUGGAGGGCAUAAUCAGUGACGAGAGAGGUGUGAGAAGGAGAGGGAGAGGAAUGUGUGGUGGGAGUUCUGCCAAUCAGGGAGUGCAUACUGCAGCGCAUACCGGAGUGCAUACCGCAGCGCAUACAGUAACCAUGUCGUCUUCUCCGUCGUCAUCAAGAUUUGGCGAUGGCGAUCGAGAGGCAGGUGGCCGUGCGGUGUCCCUGGACCGUCGGGCAGGGAUUAAGAAUCUGAUGAGGAAGAGUUUCAAGAUGGACAAUCUCACAGCACUCUUGAGGAGUAACAUUGCUCGUUGCCGAAAGCUGGACUCGAUCCGUGUACCUGUCCCGCUUCCUUGUGCUGUGUUCGUCAUGGCAGCGGUUCUACUCUUAGCUAUCCUGACCACGGCUGACGCGUGGGCGCUGCAGCCAUACCUUAUUCCCUCGAAUUCUAUCAGUGGACCGGGAAAGGUAGUAAGAAGAAGUGAUCUGGCGUUUUCGGACUCUCCAGGGAAACAGAGUGCACACUGCAACUCCUCUUCGUGUUCUCGGUCUUCGCCUUCGACUUCCUCUCCGCCAUCGCCCGCGAUGUCAGCACUGUCUUCUUCCUCUUCUUCUCCGGGUAAAGAAGACGACAGGGCCAUUAGCGAACGUGGGAUGGUGAACCGUAGCUCCGGAAGAGGCGGGAAGACAAUUAGCUCGAGGAUUGGCGAGAUGAAUUCUACCCUCCCUUCCUCUUCCUUCCCUGACGGGAACACUGUUCGCUUCCCUCCGUCCCCGUCCGCUUCUCCCUUCUCUUCUCUCUCUUCUCCCUCCUCUCCCUCCCUUUCGCCGUCAUCUGAUCGCCAGCCGGUAGGGCACAUAGCGAUCACAGGGAAACUGCUGCAGAACAGGUUGUCCGGUCUGUGCAUCCAGCCGUCUAGGCUGGCAGCUAAUCCAAAGAAGGAUAAGGGUUUACCGCCACGUCAGCGACGAUUCAAGAAAAUCAUGAACGCCAACGCAGUAGGGCUGCUUGAGCAAGUCCCGUGUGACGGAGAUGACGCGCAGCUAUGGUCGUCCGCCUACAAGACUGGUCCGAUCUGCGCGCAAUCGCGUGGUGGAGUUUGCAUCGCGAUGAUGGCUGGACAAGGGCAAGAAAGAAGAGAGGGCGGAGAAGGUAGAAGGACGAAGACGGCGAUGGUGGCUGGUCCUUCGACCAACCAGCGAUGGAGCCACGUGCUCACUUCCGACUACUACGGAGACGGUGGGUGGUUGUACCUGGAGGUCGACGCGGAGGGUGAGGACGAAGAGAGAACCGCGAGGACAGGAGGAGGAGGAGGAGGAGGAUCCAGCCAUGGCCUCGAGAAUCAGGAAGAGCAAGAGGCUGACAAGAUUCGUCGUCGUCUCUGCUUGGGCAGCCAGCGCACCGUUGGGUCUUGGGAAACGGUUUUGUCGUCUUGUGAUCCGGAGGACGACACUGUUGCAGCCGAGAUUCCCCAAAAGGAAAGUGACGACCUCAGCGUUAAAGCCCCGAACGAUUAUUCAACGCCAUCAGCCAGCAGGGAUGCGGUGAUGUGGAGGUACCUGAUGCGGCUACCGAAGCAGUGACGUCAACGCGAAAGCACGGGGAUGGUGGCUAGUGUAGAGGUACCUGAUGCGGCUACCGAAGCAGUGACGUCAACGCGAAAGCACGGGGAUGGUGGCUAGUGUAGAGUGACACAUCGGCGCCCAGCGAGGACUGAUGACGUCAACGGAAAAGCACGGAAGCUUUGACGA